GUCAGGACCACGCUGACCCCACAGUGUCCCCUGCAGCGGAGCGGCUGCGCCACAUACUGGGGGAGGAUGACAGCACGCCGACACCCACCAUAUUCACUGAGAUGGACACACUACAGCAAGAGGGGGGGGAACUAGAGUGGAAGGAGUCUGCGAGGUGGGUGAAGUUUGAGGAGAAGGUGGAGGAGGGAGGAGAGAGAUGGAGCAAGCCUCACGUCUCCACGCUGACCCUCCACAGCCUGUUUGAGCUCAGGACCUGUCUGCAGACAGGAAGCAUUCUGCUCGACCUGGAGGGCUACUCACUGCCACAGAUAGUGGAUGAGAUCGUGGAUCGGCAGAUCGCUGACGGUCUCAUCCCUCCGGAUCUGAAGGAGAAGAUCAGUUUUGUUCUGCUCAGGAAGCAUCGCCACCAGACCAAGAAACCGAUCCACCGCUCGCUGGCAGACAUAGGAAAAUCCUCCAACACUGCCUCCAGCCGUAGUCCUCAGACUAAUCUGAGUCGUAGCACUAGUUCAGCUUCUGGGAUCCACCGCUCCACAGAAGACCUACGCUCUCGGCAGUCAAGCAGCCUUGGCCGCCUGCAUCCCGCCCAGAGCCGAAGCAUGAACGACAUUUCAGACACACCGAGCACAGACCAGCUGAAGAACAAGUUCAUGAAGAAGAUUCCUCGUGACGCCGAAGCGUCCAAUGUCCUGAUUGGCGAGGUGGAUUUCCUGGACAAGCCCUUCGUGUCCUUUGUACGUUUGGCUCAAGCCACGACGCUGGGAGGCCUCACUGAGGUCCCCGUGCCGACCAGGUUUCUCUUCAUCUUGCUGGGUCCUCAUGGCAAAACCAAGUCCUACAAUGAGAUUGGCAGAGCGAUCGCUACACUCAUGGUGGACGACCUGUUCAGCGACGUCGCUUACAGAGCGAGGGACCGCGACGACCUGAUCGCAGGCGUGGACGAGUUCCUGGAUGAGGUGAUCGUCCUCCCUCCGGGGGAGUGGGACCCAAAGAUACGCAUCGAACCCCCCAAGAAGGUUCCAUCGGCUGAAAUGAGGAAGUCGGUGCUGAACCUGAACGAGCUGGGUCAGAUGAACGGCUCGGCGGGCGGAGCGGCUGGAGGAGAGGACGAAGAGCUUCCGGCUCCGCACGAGCUCGGAGAGGAGCUGAAAUUCACCGGGAGGUUCGCUGGUGGAUUGUGGCUGGACAUGAAAAGGAAGCUCCCGUGGUAUUGUAGCGAUAUCUACGAUGGCUUCCAUAUCCAGUCCAUCUCUGCCGUGCUCUUCAUCUACCUGGGCUGCAUCACAAACGCCAUCACCUUUGGAGGACUGCUCGGGGAUGCUACCGACAAUUACCAGGGUGUGAUGGAGAGUUUCCUCGGCACGGCUUUGGCAGGAACUGUCUUCUGUGUGUUUGGUGGACAACCUCUCAUCAUCCUCAGUUCGACCGGACCCAUUCUCAUCUUUGAAAAACUGCUCUAUGAAUUCAGCAAGAAUAACGAUAUAGACUACAUGGAGCUGCGUCUGUGGAUCGGCAUUCACUCGUGUCUGCAGUGUUUCCUGCUGGUCAUCACGGACGCCAGCUACAUCAUCAAGUACAUGACCCGCUUCACAGAGGAGGGGUUCUCCAGCCUCAUCUCCUUCAUAUUCAUCUCUGAUGCCAUUAAGAAGAUGGUAGGAGCCUUUAAGUAUUACCCAAUUAACCGCGGCUUCAAGCCGGACUACAUCACGGCCUACAAAUGUGAAUGCAUCGCUCCAGACCAGGCAUCUGUGCUGGGCUUGAAUGUUUCAGCUCCGCUCUCAGAUGAUAACAUGACUCUGUUGUUUAACCUGACAGACAUGGACUGGAGUCAGCUGAGUAAGAAAGAGUGUGUGAAGUAUGGCGGCACGCUGGUGGGGAACUCCUGUAAGUAUGUUCCCGACCUGGCCCUCAUGUCCUUCAUCCUCUUCUUUGGCACCUAUUCCAUGACCGUUUCUCUCAAGAAGUUCAAGUUCAGCCGCUACUUCCCCACGAAGCUGAGGAAGCUAAUCAGUGAUUUUGCCAUCUUCAUGUCAAUCAUGUGCUUUGUGGGUCUGGAUAUGUUGAUUGGGUUAGACACACCCAAACUAAUCGUUCCAACUGAGUUCAAGCCGACGCGUCUCGACCGCGGCUGGUUGGUGAUGCCGUUCGGUAAGAACCCCUGGUGGUGGUAUGUGGCCAGCUUCGUUCCCGCUCUCCUCGUCACCAUCCUCAUCUUCAUGGACCAGCAGAUCAGCGCCGUCAUCGUCAACCGCAAGGAGAACAAACUGAAGAAAGGCUGUGGCUACCACCUGGACCUGUUCUGGGUCGGCGUUCUGAUGGCCGUGUGUUCCUUCAUGGGUCUGCCCUGGUACGUGGCGGCUACCGUCAUCUCCAUCGCCCACAUCGACUCUCUGAAGAUGGAGAGCGAGUCCAGCGCCCCCGGAGAGCAGCCGCAGUUUCUGGGAGUCAGGGAGCAGAGGUUGACGGGUAUUCUGGUCUUCGUUAUGACUGGACUCUCAAUCUUCCUCGCGCCCAUCCUUCAGUACAUCCCCAUGCCGGUCCUGUACGGAGUCUUCCUCUACAUGGGAGUGGCCUCACUCAGUGGCAUCCAGUUCUGGGAGCGGAUCAAGCUCUACCUCAUGCCAGCCAAACACCAGCCGGACUUCUCCUUCCUGCGUCACGUUCCUCUGAGGCGCGUCCACCUCUUCACCCUGGUCCAGAUCGUCUGUCUGGCUGUCCUCUGGAUCCUCAAGUCCACGUUCCUGGCCAUCAUCUUCCCAGUGAUGAUUCUGGGUCUGAUGGUCGUCCGGAAGCUGCUGGACGUGAUCUUCUCACAACACGACUUGGCCUGGCUGGACGACAUCCUGCCGGACAAAGACAAGAAGAAGAAGGAGGACGAAAAGAGGAAGAUGAAGGAGAAGAAGACGGCGGAGACGGAGAGCGACGAGGAGAUGAACCCGUACUCGACGGUCACAUCUGAUCAGAACGAACUAGACCGCAGCAUCACUCUGCACCUGAAGAUCUCCUGCCCCCCCUCACCUGUCCACUCCCAGACGAGCCUCACCCCCGGGGACGCCGCUCCAUUGCACCCGCCGCAGCCGCCACCUCGCCCGCCCAUGCCCAUGGUCAGCAUCCAGGUGGAGUCAGACAGCGAGGAAUCUGGACUCUACUCCAAACAACAACAGCACAGCCUUUCCCGCCCUAAUAACCCCCCACCACCUGAAAUACACAGAGACUUUUACAGAAACCUGCACGCUCACUUUGGUGAUUCCUGUGCUGAAACCGUUCUUUAAACACAACCUACAAACGCACGCGCACACACACACACACACACACACACACACACCUACACAUCCAUCAUAAACCUACCUUAGCUCUCAGGUCAUAUCUCCAGGAACCAGCUCCCUGUAGUGACGCUAGUAGAA